ACUAAACUUAUCCAUGACUUAGGCGUUAGUUGCAGGCCUGAAAGGGUAAUACAGUUAUGAUUUGUCUUUUUCGUAAAACGCAAAACAAUAUAGAUAAUGGUUAGUCAAAUUAAAAAUAGUCAGCCUUUUCUAUAACUGUCGAGUUAGGAAAAAGAUUAAACUGAACUAUCACUAACGUAAACCAUCCUGAAAAUACCUAAAUAUUUCUGAAACUGACAAAUACCAAUUUGUAGUUGAUUUCAUAACAUACUUCGUAAGUGAUUUUAUGCGACCUAAGUAUGCUGUCGUUCUGUUUACAUCAGUAUUCAGUAGCUAUAGUAUAUAAUAAUAUUUUUUAUAGCCCUAGGCAAAUUAGAACUAUAACAGAACUUGACUCUGUGGCAGCAGUCAUUGAGGUAAUAAGAAGGUAAUAAGAUACUUGAAGUCAGCUGUUAGACUUUUACUCAGCGUGCGUUUAUUGGUCUCUCAGUAUUGUGUUAGUAAAGCGAUUCACAGUUUACAUCAGCAUAUAGAGAUGGGAAUACCUACACUGCUAAUAAGAAACGAGUAAUUUGCCACUCAUUCGCUGAUGGAUUUGAGGGACAUCCAUCAAUUGAGAAAAUACUUUGGCGUACUUUUAUGUGCAGCAAUACUUUUCAUAUUGCUGACGAAUCAUUACUACAAUCAAGACCAACAACGUGUUCAAGUCAUCCCAAACAUUCAGAAUUCUUCAGAAACUUUACAGCAAUCAAACUCUUCAACCACAAUUUCAAAUCUGAAACCGAAAUUAAAGUUCAAUUCCCUUGCACCGACCUUUUUAAGUGAAAGUUUAAAAAGUGAAUUAGAUACUGCUCUUCGUAAGGCACAAACAACUAAGAAGAUCAUUCUUGAAUGGUACGGGGAAAAUCCCAAGACAAUCAGAUUGCAGGGUAUAUGCGGUUUGUGCGAGAUAACAUCUAAUAAAUCGUUGCUCAAUGAUAACGCCACAAAAGCUGUCGUAUUCAAUUACAAAAAAAUAUUCGCACACACAAUGCCUGAUCGACGAAACAGGAGAAGAGAUCAAUUCUAUGUUUGGCAAACUGGAGAAGCUCCACCAGCUUUGCUUUAUCUACAUCGACGAUAUUUUCAAUAUGAAGAAAAGCUAGGAUUUAAUUUAACUCAAAGUUUCCGUCGUGAUGCUGAUAUUUAUCAUCCAUACGGAAGUACAUACUUAUCACUUUGGAAGAAGAAAAAGUCGGAAUAUCAAAAAAAUUUAAACCUUAUUUUGGAGAAUAAAAGUAGAGUUGCUGUGGCUGUUAUAUCAAACUGUCAUACCAUGCCUGGAGCCAACGUUCGUUUACAAUUUGUACGAGAUAUCAAAUCUGAAGGGAUGAAUUUACACACCUUGGGUGGAUGCUUCAAAUUUCCAACUUUUCCGAAAUUAGAAAAAAAGAAGUUUGCUGAUCUAUUAAAAACUUACAAAUUUUAUUUCGCGUUUGAAAACUCUUAUCACUGUCGAGAUUACAUAACAGAAAAGUUUUUCGUAAAUGGACUAGAUGCAAGCGCAAUACCAAUUGUAUGGGGAGCAACAAAACAAGACUAUGACGCAAUAGCUCCUCCUGGAUCUUAUAUAUACGCAGACGAUUUUUCUACAGUGAAAGAACUCAUUAACUACAUUAAUUACCUCGAUAAAAACGACACAGCAUAUCUGGAAUAUUUUAAAUGGUACCAGAUGCCAUUGGAAAAACUGACAGAAUAUGGACGUCAGAUACGAUACUGUCAAUUAUGUCGUAUUUUACACGGAAUAAAUGUAGAUGACAUGUUUAAUCCGAAUUACAACGAGUCGACAUACGAAAGACCUUUAAUAUCAGAUAAAAUAUAUCCUCGUUCUGUAAAAUCUCUAUACAAUUGGUACUACAAAACUGAAUACAAAGAUUGCUUGAAAUCACCAUCAAGAUUUUACAGGGAUAAUGUAUCAUUAGCUGCAAAGACAUUAGCAAAAAGAACAUGAUUGUCACAGUUUCCUUAUUUCCAUAUAAAGCAGACUAUGAAAGUUUCUUGUGAGAAAUUUACUUACAAAAACGUGGAAAAUUAUGGCUGUAUAUGCUAUCUUCGCCUUUCCAAAAAACAUCUCGUUUCCAAGUUUCAUUCUGUUUAAGAAUUUGAAAAACGUAUAUUUCAAAGUUUGUUUACUAACAAAAUAUUGUUAGAUUUCAAUUACAAGCGACUUGAAAGCACGAUUUUAGUUUGGUCACUGAUAUACACAUAAACGGGAACAACACCCCGAUAUGUGACGUUCAAUACUGCAGUAUAGGACGUGAGCGC